AUGGCCCCAAAAAAGAACAAGAAGACCGCCGACUCGAUCAACUCGCGCCUUGCGCUUGUGAUGAAGUCUGGAAAGGUUACUUUGGGCUACAAGUCAACCCUCAAGUCGCUUCGAUCUGGAAAGGCCAAGCUUGUCAUCAUCGCGGGCAACAGCCCCCCACUGAGGAAGAGCGAGCUUGAAUACUAUAGCAUGCUCUCGAAGACCUCUGUGCAUCACUUCUCCGGCAACAACAUCGAAUUGGGCACUGCCUGCGGUAAACUCUUCCGCUGCUCGACCAUGGCUAUCUUGGAUGCUGGUGACUCCGACAUCCUGAGCACGAGCACCGCAUAAAUGUGAGAUGGACGAUGAUUGGGACUGGUUCUAGGUAUUUUCGUGGCUCGGCUGAAACGACCAGCGGCGUUCGAGGCGCCAGCUUGCGUGCGGACAGAGGAAAUAUCCUGCUCUGCGUCAGCGAAUUAGCUUGCAUGAAUCAAAAAGAUCAGUAGUGCUCGGCACACAACUCAUACUUUCUUCGUGCUGCUUAUCAUAAUGUGGUUCUAGAGAAUCGCAGUGAAGGAUAUAUCUAGCACCACAGUAACCACACUCGAGAUUUAGGGUAUCUAAUUCCAAGCCCGCUUAUCAAUCCGGGUUGUUCGCGAACAGGAACACAGAUAGCAGC